ACAUUACCCACUACUACUGUCACAUUUUCCUUCGAGGAGUACGCACAACUGAGCUACUCUUCAACUUAGUAAUAAUUAGUCAAAAUUAAGUUAGUGUAACAUUAUUUAUUUACAACUAGAUCUUACACCGUUUUUCGUUGAUUUCCUUUUUGAAACAGCAAGAUGACUGAUGCAAAAGCAACUAUUUAUUACACUUUGGAAGAAAUUGCAAAAAACAAUGGUAAGGAUACUGACCGAGUGUGGAUUAUCUAUAAGGACAUUGUCUAUGAUGUGACCGAUUAUUUGAAUGACCAUCCUGGAGGAGGCGAACUUAUUACAGAAUGGGCGGGCAAGGAUUGCACCAAGGCAUUUGACGAUUUUGGACAUUCCGGUGACGCCAAGAGAGACCUAAAAGCACUGAAAAUCGGAGAAGUUGUAGAAGAGGAACGAAAGAAGAAGCAGAAGAAAACUGAAAAGGAAGCGACUAAAGGACCAAAAGUGGUUGAAUCUAAAGAAAAAGUUAUAAACAGGAGCUGCAUUCACAUCAUCACAUGUGGUUUAUGUGCAUAAAUGUGUGUAGUUUUCCAAACAAAAUAUGUGAAACUAAAAAAACUGUGAUAAACCUAAAAUCUGUACAUUCCGUAUUAGAAUACCUAUAUUUAUAUACCAAAUUGUAAAUAAUAAAACAAAAGAAAUAAAUAAUAGAUGUUCCGACCUUU